AGUCUCUGCAGGUUAAACUUGGUUUUCAUCCUGUGGAUCUCCAUGACAUCGCUGUGCUCUGCUUACCCAGUGGGCCCUUCCAUGAGCAACAACCCUUUUUAUUUGACCUGCCAGCUGUUUGGGAGAUGGGAUUCCUGCCUGGUGCUGCUGAGCAGCUGCCUCUCCAAGGUGGGCAGGGAUGAGGAUGCUGCUCUGGGGAAGCYUCUCCCGGGGCUCCCACCCCACAAAAGAUCCUUCCGCAACGGCGUCGGAGCGGGAAUUAAAAAAACUUCCUUCCGAAGGGCAAAGUCCUGAGAAAAUGCCUCAAAGCCCGGCCCCGAUUUUGAGUUUCAUGUUUCAGUUGUCGCUUCGAGUCCUUCUGGAGCUUUCCUCGGGGUGAGCGUCCCCGUGUCCCCAUCGUGUCCCCAAACGUCGAUUUCUGAGCGCUGGGGAAGGAAGGGCUUCCUUCCCAAAGUUACGGCGGCGUGAAGU